UAGGUAUAUAUCCCUGCCUAUGUAGUUUAUAUAUCUCUUACCUACUAUCGGAUAAGACGACAUUACUGCAUAAAUUAACAGCUGUGGUGCUAAUAAGGCCACUAUCGUUUGAAUUGAGAUAUAUAAUCAAUCAGUGGAUAAGUUGCACGUUGGGACGUUCAGAGCGCGGAGUACUGUGCUAGACCAACAUGGAGCGAGUGGUGUGGCUCGCGGCUCUGCUAGCAACCGCUGCGCUCGCGCAAGACAGCGGCCUGUUUGAACUUAACGUUGUGCAUUACAAUGACUUCCACGCACAUUUCGAUGAGGUGAGUCCGCAAGGCACGGUGUGCAGCGCGCAGAGCGAGCCCUGCAUCGGGGGCUACGCGCGCCUGUACACCGCGGUGCAGCAGGUGCUGGAGGCGGAGCCCGACUCCUUGCUGCUCAACGGCGGCGACACCUUCCAGGGCACCAUCUGGUACAACUUCCUGCGCUGGAACGUCAGCCAGCACUUCAUGAACAUGUUGCCGCACGACGCGCACGUGCUGGGGAACCACGAGUUCGACCACGGCGUGGAGGGGCUGGUGCCGUACCUGGAGCGGCUCGAGGCCCCCAUGCUGGGCGCCAACGUCAACACCACGCUGGAGCCCUCCAUGACGCCCUACAUCAAGAACCACGUCGUCGUCGAGCGCCACGGACGCAAGAUCGGCAUCGUCGGCGUGCUGCUCAGACAGUUCUCGGCGCCGAUCGGGCGAGUGAUCAUGGAAGACGAGCUGGAAGCCGUGAACCGCGAGGCCGCGAUACUCACUGAGAUGGGCAUCGAUAUCAUUAUAGUGCUGUCUCACAUUGGAUACACUAGUGACAUAGAAUUAGCUCGUCGCGUGUCUCCCACGGUGGACAUCAUAGUGGGCGGUCACUCGCACACGCUGCUGUACAACGGAGAGACGCCCAACGGAGACACCGCGCUCGGCGAGUACCCCACUGUCGUCACACAGGAUAACGGACACAAGAUCCCGAUAGUGCAAGCGUCAUGCUACACGCGGUACCUGGGCAACAUCAAGUUCUUCAUCAACGAUCAGGGCGUCGUGGAGCGCUGGGUGGGAGAACCCGUCUUCUUGGGCUCCUCAAUCGUACAAGAUCCGAGGAUUAUGGAUCUGAUGGAGCCGUGGCGGCAAGAGGUGGACGCCAUUGGUAAAGAGGUUCUCGGAAGGUCACUCGUCACGCUCAGCAACGCUCUGUGCUACCAGGAUGAGUGCACUCUUGGUAGCUGGGCUUGCGACGGUUUCUUGGAGGAGAUGAUCCCUAGAGCUAAAGGCACAGCAUGGAGUGACGCGAACGUGUGUAUGAUCAAUGCCGGUGCACUCCGAGUAUCGAUCAGCCCGGGAAAUGUGACGACUGAAGCCCUGCUGAUGGCAAUGCCGUUCGAGAACUAUCUGCAGGUGUACGACCUGAAGGGGCAGUACCUGCUGGAGGCGCUAGAGUACUCCGUGUCAGCGGCCUGGACUGGAACUUUUGUUAGCAGACAAAUGCUGCAGAUCGGCGGUAUGCGCAACGUGUACAACGCGUCUGCGCCGAUAGGGUCUCGCGUGUCGGCGACAGUGCGCUGCAUCGACUGCGACGUGCCGCGCUACUUGCCGCUCGACGUCGACGCCACCUACCGCAUAGUCACGCAGAGCUACAUCGGAGAUGGCGGCGGCGGAUUCACGAUGUUAUCUGAGCACAGGGAGAAUCUAGAGCCUUUGGAUGUGGACUACACGGUUCUGCAGAGGUACAUGAGGAGACAGCGAGUUGUUAUGAAGGACGUCGAUGGAAGAAUAAAGAUCGUUUAUUGAUCAUGGCUAAUUCUCAAAAUAUAUUUUGUUGAAGUUCUUA